CGCCGGCGUUGGGACCCAGCGGCCGCGCCGACCACGCAUGCAGAGGCUCCCCGGCUGAAGCACAGACAAAGACACUGAGAUCGUCUGGCUCUUCUGCAGCAUCCACACCCUCCCGGAUCAGGCGCUCCGAUUUGGACCAGCAGUGACAGCAGUACAACUGCCGUAGGCGUCCCCUUCUCCUCUUGCCAUGGACCAGGACUUCGGCCACUUUGACGAGCGGGACAAGGUGUCCCGGACCCCCCGGGGGUCCCGUGCCAACGGGCUGCCCAGCCCCACGCACAGCGCUCAUUGCAGCUUCUACAGGACGCGCACGCUGCAGGCGCUCACCAAUGAGAAGAAGGCCAAGAAGGUGCGCUUCUACCGCAACGGCGACCGCUACUUCAAGGGCAUCGUGUACGCGGUGGCCACCGACCGCUUCCGCACCUUCGACGCACUGCUGGCCGACUUGACACGCUCCCUCUCCGACCACAUCAACCUGCCACAGGGGGUGCGCUUCAUCUUCACCAUCGAUGGCUCCCGCAAGAUUAUAUCCAUGGACGAGCUGGAGGAAGGAGAGAGCUACGUCUGUGCCUCAGAGAACUACUACAAGAAAGUGGACUACACAAAGAACGUCAACCCCAACUGGUCGGUGAAUGUCAAGGCCUCUGCCACCCAGAGGGGCCUGCAAUCGCUGGCCAGUGCCAAGGGGGUGAACGAGGUCAAGGAGAGCAAGGAUUUUGUACGGCCCAAGCUGGUGACCGUGAUGCGGAGUGGCUCCAAGCCACGCAAGGCCGUCAGGGUGCUGCUGAACAAGAAGACAGCGCACUCGUUCGAGCAGGUGCUCACUGAUAUCACCGAGGCCAUCAAGCUGGAGAGCGGCGUGGUCAAGAAGAUCUACACGCUGGACGGAAAGCAGAUCACUUGCCUCCAGGACUUCUUCGGUGAUGAUGACGUCUUUAUUGCUUGCGGCCCAGAGAAGUUUCGAUACGCUCAAGAUGACUUCUCAUUGGACGAGAAUGCACACUUUCCACCUGGAGCCAAAUCCAAAUCAGCGCAUGGGAGUUUUAAUCAAGAGUGCCGAGCCAUGAAGUCCAUCCCUAAAAGCAGCGCACAGAAGACCAAGAGCCCAGGCCCCACCCGUCGCACCAAGUCCCCCGCCGAAUCCACCUGCGGGACCGGCUCCAGCAGUCAGAUCUCCACUCCUAUCUCCAAGCAGUCCCCCAUCUCCACGCCCACCAGCCCUGGCAACCUCCGCAAGCACAAGGACCUAUACCUGCCCCUCUCUCUGGAUGACUCUGACUCCAUGGGAGACUCCAUGUAGACCCUCACUGUUGACAACCCGGCCAGCCAAGCAGAGGUAUCUAUGGUGCUCACCACAUCCCAGACCCCCCCCCCCCCCACUUCCCACCCAACAAGCAAGGGUUGGGAGAUUCCUCCAUCCCGUGCACUAAAACUGUCCAUCCUCACCAGCCCUGCCGGCUAGACGCUUUCAGUACGGCGGUCCACCCCCACAUCGCUACUCUUGGUGUUCAAUUGGUUUUCCUGUGAAGUUUGAAGGGUAUAUGCUGGGCAUAUGCUUAACAUAUGUAGGCAUUAGCACACAACGUUGCUGUCCACUCGUUGCUUUUCCUUCUCUUGAAAGGGCACUGAUAUUUAGCAUAUAUCAGGAGGACAAGAUCAGUGAAAAUAUAAAAGUUUCUUCUCUCUCCAAUUCUGUAUUUAACUUUUCACAUGUUACUUUAUAUCACUGAGCUAGCUAGCAGAUCUUUUUUUUAAUCCAAAGUGGCUACGGUUGCUUACACAUGAGUCCUUUUUAAAAUAAGAAUCCUUUAAGCUUUUAGCUGUUACGCACAUUUUUCACUUCAAGGACCUGACUUCAGAGCCCUUUGAUUACAAGUCCAGUUGCAUUAAAAUAACUUUUUUUCUGACUACUCAUUAAUGAUGUUUUUUUUUUUUUAAAAAAAAAAAAAAAGCAAUGAGGUAGCAGGUGGCUGAUUUGCUUCUUUUCGAAUUCAGGGUGCUUUCUGAAGGUUUAAACACUCAAAGCACUCGCUCCUGUUGGAAUAAUGUUUCAUUUGCUUGUGGGAGUUUUACUUAAAAUAAAAUGUUCUGAGGGCAGAACAAAGAAUUACUGAUUUAGAGAAAUAACCAAUCAGAUUGUAGAGGAGGUGGGCCCAAGCAACUAGAGGAAGCGGGACCAACUGAUUGGUUGGUCCUGCCUCCUCUAGUGGCUUGGACCCACCUCCUCAACAAUCUUAUUGGUUAUCCCUCUUAUCCAAUCAUCAUUCGUUCUGCCCUCAGAACAUUUUUGUGUAAGGAAAACUCUGAUGAGUGUUUCAUUCAGGGUAAUACUGAGACCUUCAGAUACUUGGAAGCAUGUUGGAAUGGAGCUUGGAACAGGAGAGAGGAACUAAGCAUUCAAUGUCAAUGUUUUGAAAGCCACAUGAAACAAAACUGAGCAGCCAGUAUUUUAAGCACACUUGUUAGAAGCCAAAUUCAUUUUUUUAGCACUUUCUUGCGUCUUUGACCAGAUUAUUCUGCGUCACACAUGCACCGGUGCUGUGGUAGGGGCUCCCAUGCACGCAUAAGUAGUUUCUCAGUCUCUUCAAAUCCAGAGGCUUUAGAGAAGGCAUGUUUGUUGUGAAGUAUCUUGCGUGUUUUGGAGGACAAACAGAAAUCUCGUGCCUCUCAUAGCAAAAUACAAGAGGCAUGUGCACAGCACCACAUUUCGCGCUUUAAAAAAACAACUUCUCAUAUAAAAUAGACUAAAAAAAAUAUAUAAAAUUUACGUGCCAUACACAGUUGAUAUAUGCAUUAAGCAUGACAAAAUGUUAGUAGAUUGCCCUGGAAGGCGGCAGUUUAUCAUACAUAGCAAAUUAAUUAAAAUGGGUAACUAACAUAAAUUCUUAAUUUAUAUAUGAUAUUUAGAGUUUUCGGUUCAGUUUGAGUCAUAGUUCUGUGCUAUAAUUCAAGAUUGGCAGCUCAGUUUAACAAGCAUGAACUGUAUACAUUUUACCGGGAAGUAUGUAAUAAUGCAGCAAAAUUCAUAAAAGAGAAAAAAAUCACAUUUAGUCAGGCAAUUGGUUAUGGAAGCAUCACUGUUUUGUUUAAAAAACUGCUCAGUUUGCAAUAAUCAUUCUGUGGGACCCAAAUGCAUCAGCUGCACUAACUGCCAGAUGCUACACCUGGAAUACCCUCGUGAUUUACCCAGGGAGAUCAAGUCUCGUUUACCCAGGCAAAAUCUUACGGACAAAAGCAACAAAUGAAUCGUACUGUUCACAGACUGCACUGUGAGGUCCGCACAUUUUACUGUACCUUUUAACAGCAGGGUAGUUUUAACAAAUGGACGUUUCGUAGGUGCAACUUUUUGUACAGUUUUACAUUGGAAACGUGCGCCACCUUCUGCCGAGCCUCUGCAACCCUGCGAUACGGAAGGUGGUGCUACCUCGCCUCCAAAGGUGCCUUUAAUAUCUUCGGCUCCUACAGCCACCAGAAGCAGGAUCCCAUCCGUGUUUUUAACGAACUACCUGUAACUACUUUCUACGUGACUGAUUCUGGCAUUAACAUCGCUGGAGGGUCACAUGACGCUUCGUCCCACAAUCAAAAGCGAUGGUUCUUAUUGUUGUGUUUUCUUGGUAUUUUAUUUGUCUCAUUUUUUAUUUUCUUUUUUUUUGUCUUCUUUUUUUUUUUUAACUAAAUACGAUUCUGGCAGAAUGAUACUGAAGGGUCACCUAAGAUUAUCCUCUUUAAUGGUCUUUGCUAUGUCGCAGUGGCUUGUUAAAGUGUUUUUAAAGUGUUCAAUGUAUUUACCGAAUACCCUGGCAAUUAAAGAAG